CGACAUUUAUUUCUCUUCCGCAACCUCCUCUCUCAAAGAUUCUUAUCAGAUACCCCUCGUGUGCUCUCUCUUCCCUCCAUUAAUGUCCUCAUCACUCUUCCUCUGAAGCUUUAACCUCCACCUCUCUCUCUCUUCCUCUAUAUAUACACCUUCAUCUGUUAAUGUUUCUCUCUACACCUUCGCCUAGCUUCCUCAUAUAGCUUCUGCUACCUUCUUCAUCGUUCUCAUGGCGUUUCUUUUCUAUAUCCUUUUCUGGGUUUCUCUCUCAGCUCUUAUCUUUAUCAUUCACCGGACUUCCCGGUACCGGAGGCUCCGGUUGCCGCCGGGGAACCUGGGUCUUCCUUUUCUUGGUGAGACUCUGCAGUUGAUAUCUGCAUACAAGACUGAAAACCCAGAACCCUUUAUUGAUGAGAGGGUGAGCCGGUUCGGUUCGUUGUUUACCACCCAUGUUUUUGGUGAACCGACGGUGUUCUCUGUCGACCCUGAAACGAACCGGUUCAUCCUCCAAAAUGAAGGGAAGUUGUUUGAAUCUAGCUACCCAGGUUCUAUAUCCAACUUGCUUGGAAAACAUUCUUUGUUGCUGAUGAGGGGUAGCCUCCAUAAAAGAAUGCAUUCUUUAACCAUGAGUUUUGCUAAUUCUUCCAUUAUCAGAGACCAUCUUUUGGUUGAUAUAGACCGAUUGGUUCGACUCAACUUGGAUUCUUGGACCGACCUAGUUUUCCUCAUGGAGGAGGCCAAGAAGAUAACGUUUGAGCUAACAAUGAAGCAGCUGAUGAGCUUUGAUCCAGGGGAAUGGACUGAGAGUUUGAGGAAACAAUAUUUGCUUGUUAUCGAAGGAUUCUUCACUGUGCCUUUGCCCAUUUUCUCCACCACAUACCGCAGAGCAAUCCAAGCUAGGACUAAGGUGGCAGAGGCUUUAAGCUUGAUAGUGAGGCAAAGAAGAAGUGAAAGUGAAGCAGGGGAGAGAAAGAAUGAUAUGUUAGAAGCUCUUCUCUCCGCCGAUGAUGGGGGGUUUUCCGACGAGGAAAUAGUAGAUUUCUUGGUGGCUCUGCUAGUUGCCGGCUACGAAACCACUUCUACUAUCAUGACUCUUGCCGUCAAGUUCCUCACCGAGACUCCUCUAGCUUUGGCUCAGCUCAAGGAGGAGCAUGAGGGGAUUAGGGCAAGAAAAAGUGAGGGAGAAGCUCUCAAGUGGAGUGAUUACAAGUCAAUGCCUUUUACUCAAUGUGUUGUUAAUGAGACUUUGAGAGUAGCAAACAUAAUUAGUGGGGUAUUUAGAAGAGCAAUGACAGACAUCAAUAUUAAAGGUUACACAAUCCCUAAGGGAUGGAAGUUUUUUGCUUCAUUUCGAGCUGUACAUUUAGAUCAUAAUCACUUCAAAGACGCUCGAACUUUCAAUCCAUGGAGGUGGCAGAGCAACUCAGGGACAACAAGUCCAGUGAAUGUGUUCACUCCAUUUGGAGGAGGCCCCAGGCUGUGCCCUGGAUAUGAGCUUGCAAGAGUAGAACUCUCAGUUUUCCUCCAUCACCUAGUAACAAGUUUCAGUUGGACUCCUGCUGAGGAAGAUAAAUUGGUUUUCUUUCCGACAACCCGAACGCAGAAACGAUACCCCAUCAACGUGCAACGUCGAAGCAAUGUAAAGAGUUAGAUGAGGAGAGGAAAAGAGAGGAGUAAAAGAAUGUAGAAGAGCAUGUAAUCCUUUUGAUGCUUAAUCUAAAUAAAACUAAGAGUUAGCAUAUGUAAAUUAUCAAACUAACAUGUGUUUUUAAGUUGUGGAAGCAAUGAUUAGUUGCCGAAUUGAGAUUGUGGAGCAAUCAUUUUAUUUUCAUUAGGCUUUAGGGCAAUGGAAGGAGGAGGAUACAAGUGAUACUUUAAUGGAUGCCCAUAAUGAAAUAGCAUUUGUUUUGCUAC